AUGACAACUUACCAAUUCCACGACAUCUCCAAAACAGUCACCGCGAUUGACCGGCGACAAUGCCAACGCGAAGUCCCCAUGGAAGUCCUCUGUCUUGGGCUCUGUCGCACGGGAACAGACUCUGCAUUGGAAAACCCCCGAGACUGCGAGAUGUGGUAUGAAGCCCUCCAAGCCAAAUACGAUGGUGUUGGAAAGCCAUAUGGCCGUAAAGAAUUCGAUCAGCUGCUGGGUCAUUGUCAGGCUGUCUGCGACUUUCCCGCUGCGUGUUUCUCCAAAGAGCUCAUCGAGGCAUAUCCAGAGGCCAAGAUUGUCCUCACAGAGAGAGACGUCGAUCAAUGGCACAAGUUAGUCUUUCUAGAAAAGAUAAAACAAAACACGGCUAACGAGGCACUGUCUAUCAGCUCCGUCAAACGAACCUUCCAACCCCUCCUCUACCACCCCCUCUUCCCCCUCAUGCAAUUCCUGGAUAACACAUUCGUCAUGCACACGCGCUGGGCCCGACCAACGUGGAAGAAAAUCUGGAAGCACUUCUUCAACGAUAACUUUGAAGAAAACGGCCGCAAGGCAUACGAAGCACACUACGCUUCUGUCAAGGCGAUGGUGCCACCCGAGAGACUGCUCGUCUAUAAGGUCAGCGAGGGCUGGGAGCCUCUGUGUCAGUUCCUCGAGCAGCCAAUUCCCUCUCAGCCGUAUCCGACGGGGAAUAAUAUCAAGAUCUUUCAGCGGCGGUUUAAGGAUGCGAUAUACUAUAAUGGACAGGAGAUGGUAGAGAAGUUGGUGCGGGUGUUUAUUGCCUUUUUGUCUAUGCGUUGGCUGUUUCAGAAAGUCUUGAAGAGAUACUUGGCUGGGAAGGCUGGGUCUGUUGGGUUAUGGCCGUUUGUGAAACUUCUUGGUGGUUAUGGACGUAAGCUGGUGAAAUGAUGUCUGGAUGUAGAAAAGGCGUUAGGAGUAACGGUUAGGAUAGUAAUAAUCAUUUUUGAUGCUAUGAGAAGUUUAUACAGAAGAUUAGUCUAUUCCAUUCUUCUAGAACACCCCACACGUUCUUGCAUAGCCACGAUCUGGGCACCAACGACUAGAUUAGCCGUCGAAGCAGGCCAUUCUCUGAUCAAUGCGCGUGGAGUGUGGAGAUUGAUUCAUUCAUACAGUCUAUAUGUCUAUGGCGUAAUGGGUAGAUCUAUUGCAGUAGCUUGCUUGCCCGGUCUUUGGCAAUAUCGCACAUUGCCUAGUGCAUAUAGUUAG